CGCGGGGGCACUGGCAUGGGUCAGAGCAGCGUGCAUGACGACAUGUCCACGAUGGUGUACAUCAAGGAAGACAAGCUGGAGAAGCUGACUCAGGAUGAGAUCAUCUCCAAGACAAAGCAGGUGAUUCAGGGGCUGGAGGCGCUCAAGAAUGAGCACAACUCCAUUCUGCAGAGCCUGCUGGAGACACUCAAGUGUCUCAAGAAGGAGGAUGAGAGCAACCUGGUGGAGGAGAAGUCCAGCAUGAUCCGGAAGUCCCUGGAGAUGCUGGAGCUCGGCCUGAGCGAGGCGCAGGUUAUGAUGGCUUUGUCCAAUCACCUGAAUGCCGUGGAGUCGGAGAAGCAGAAGCUGCGGGCGCAGGUCCGCCGUCUGUGUCAGGAGAACCAGUGGCUGCGGGAUGAGCUGGCCAACACGCAGCAGAAGCUGCAGAAGAGUGAGCAGUCUGUGGCUCAGCUGGAGGAGGAGAAGAAGCACCUGGAGUUCAUGAAUCAGCUCAAGAAGUAUGACGACGACAUCUCCCCGUCGGAGGACAAAGACACGGAUUCCACCAAAGAGCCUCUGGAUGACCUGUUCCCCAACGAUGAAGACGACCCAGGUCAAGGAAUCCAGCAGCAGCACAGCAGCGCCGCCGCGGCUGCCCAGCAGGGCGGCUACGAGAUCCCUGCGCGGCUACGCACACUGCACAACCUGGUGAUCCAGUACGCUUCGCAGGGGCGCUACGAGGUGGCCGUGCCACUCUGCAAGCAAGCCCUGGAGGACCUGGAGAAGACCUCCGGACACGACCACCCUGACGUGGCCACCAUGCUGAACAUCCUGGCCCUCGUGUACAGAGAUCAGAAUAAGUACAAGGAUGCAGCGAAUCUGCUCAACGACGCCUUGGCCAUCCGUGAGAAGACCCUGGGCAGAGAUCACCCUGCGGUGGCGGCGACCCUGAACAACCUGGCUGUCCUUUACGGAAAGAGAGGGAAGUACAAAGAAGCCGAGCCUCUGUGUAAGAGAGCCCUGGAGAUCAGAGAGAAGGUUCUGGGCAAGGAUCACCCUGAUGUUGCCAAGCAGCUGAAUAACUUGGCCUUGCUGUGCCAGAACCAGGGCAAGUAUGAGGAAGUGGAGUAUUACUACCAGAGAGCCCUGGAGAUCUACCAGACAAAGCUGGGCCCCGAUGACCCCAACGUGGCCAAGACGAAAAAUAACCUGGCUUCCUGCUACCUGAAACAAGGGAAGUUCAAGCAAGCAGAAACACUGUAUAAGGAGAUCCUCACUCGGGCGCACGAGAGGGAGUUCGGAUCUGUAGACGAUGAAAACAAGCCCAUCUGGAUGCACGCUGAAGAGAGAGAGGAGUGCAAAGGGAAGCAGAAGGACGGCGCGUCUUUCGGAGAGUACGGCGGAUGGUACAAAGCCUGCAAAGUCGACAGCCCCACGGUCACGACCACCUUGAAGAACCUCGGCGCACUUUACAGACGUCAAGGCAAAUUUGAAGCUGCAGAGACACUGGAGGAAGCUGCCAUGAGGUCACGCAGACAGGGUCUUGACAAUGUUCACAAGCAGAGAGUGGCCGAGGUGCUCAAUGACCCUGAGAACCUGGAAAAGCGCAGGAGCCGCGAGAGCCUCAACGUGGACGUGGUCAAGUACGAGAGCGGCCCAGACGGAGGGGAGGAAGUGAGUAUGGGCGUAGAGUGGAACGGGGACGGCGGAGGAUCUCUAAAGCGCAGCGGCUCCUUCACCAAGCUCCGGGCUUCCAUUAGGCGCAGCAGCGAGAAGCUGGUCAGGAAGCUGAAGGGCGGAAACCCGCGCGAGAGCGAGCCCAAGAGCUCCGGCCUGAAGCGUGCCAGUUCUCUGAGCGUUCUUAACCUGAGUGGCAAGGCCUCUGAAGACCGCUCGCAAGAACGAAACCUCUGAGUGCCAGCCAUACCGACCUGGCCCCCUGAGGUCAGGCAGAGCCAGCUAAACCGGGAGGCGCCGGGCCCCCGCGAUCUAGCUGACCUGUGGGGGCAGAUGUAGUCCACAGCGGCCCUGCCCGCUCCCUUCUUGCCAUGACUCCGAGAUGUUUAAGUUCUGACACCAUAACGGGCCGCACCGAAGAGCCCAGGACUCGGCCCCGUGUCCUCCGCGUUGUCACCUGGGCCGGAGAGCCGCCGACGUAGAAGUGGUUCCCCAGGGACCGGAGGGGCUUCUCGGCCCGGGGCUGCGGUCACCUGCCCCCCCCCCCCCCCAGCCAGUUUCUCCCCCUGUGGCUAAGUGUGUGGAGGCAUGCUUUAUUUUUAAAAAAGCUUUUCUUUAUAAACAACACAGCGGACUUUGACAGGACGUCAGGUCAACCCCGAGGCCUCCUUUAAGGUCCUGUCUCAGCAGCCGCUCGGCGAGCAGGCGUCCCCGGGCCUCCCCGGGACGGGGGUGCGGGGCCGCUAGCUGGGACAGGUCGGCUCUGUUUUCAUUUGCUAGUGUGGGCGGCCCCAGCCUGCCAGGUGUUGUCAUGCAGGGCUGUUCAGAAUGUCGGUGCUGGGUGAGGAGAGGGCUCUGGGCAGAAGGCUCCCAGCCCUGCCGCCUGGCGCCGACGCCGCCGGGGGCAGAGCCUCCCCUGUGUGACACCCAGGGGGGUUCUGGGGGCUCUCCCCACCAGGAGCCCUGCCUGCCCCCACCCCACGCUGCCGCCUGCCCCGCGUCAGGCCCCUGGCGUCCCUCGGCAGGGCUGCUGCUCGCUAGAAGGCCCGCGUUUGGGAAGCGCACCUGGUGCUGCCGUGGCACGUGGCUCCGGAGCCGUGGGCGCAGACAGGCCUGGGCAGUGGCCCUCGGGCGUCCUGCGGGCCUGCAUCCGAGGCCGUGCUGGGGGGCCGAGGGCUCCGCAGGCCUGGUCGUGAGGAAGGGGGCUUCGUGCUUCAGGCCACGGCAGCUCUGGGCGCCGCAGGGUGGUUGUUGAACUCCCAGCACCGCGCCAGCUACGGCCAGUUUGCAGUUCCCGGGAGAGGCGUGCCGAGGGCCCCACGCGAGGCCCGGCCCCUGGUCCCUCAGUUUCCAUGAAAUAAGAGUGAAAGGCGCCCUGCACGGCACACAGGCGGGGGUGGUGCCCAGUCGUGUCCUACAGGGAAGCCCGUGCUGGGUGACCGAGGGCGGCGGCCAGGUCCGGUGCUGGUGGGACGCACACAGUUAAUCUUCUGGAAUGAGAAAGCUGCUGGGAUAUCAUGUAAUCAGAAGUUUAGGGUUGUAGUAAAAUCCAUCAAACAUC